AUGGCUCUGCUCAACCUUCUCGACGAGUCCAGCUUCGAAUACGUUUCAGACAGUGGAGACGAGAGAAUUGAAUCUGAGGAUUCUGUGCUUUUAGAAGAAGCCGAUUUGUUCGAUGUUCCGGUCUUCAUUGUUCCAUCGAGAAACGUCUCUGUCACCACCAAAUUGAAAUUGCUUUUCUUCUAUUCCCUAAUUGCUUUAUCCGUCGUCGAUCUUUUUAUUCAAAUAAGCGAGUCGAUGGCCAGGACUAAGGUAACCUCUUUAUCAUCUCUUCACUAAAACACCAACUUUUGUUCAGACACAAGUACCGAUCCAGCAAGCGAUUGUAGGCGGUUGGAGAAUGGUCUCCUCGAAAAACCUGGACGAGUUCUACCAAAAGUGCAAGUUUGGCUCUGAAAUUGACAACCUCGUCGAUCAAAUGGGCGACAAAUUUUACGAAUUCAAUGGAAACGAAGUGACAAUGUACACGAAACUGGCUGGAAAAACGUAUCAACGAGAAGUGAUGGUGCUCGGAGAGCGAAAAUUAUACAAACCUUACUAUGAGAAGGUCGAAAUCGAGAACAACUGUUUGCAUUUUGUCUACGUGGACAUUAGCGAUGGAGAGGAGUACAUGCGACAAGAAGAAUGUGUCGUCGACGGACAGCUUCAAGCAGUUACCAAGCGGUUCGGAAUCAACACGGUUAGGAUCUACAAACGGUUGGAUGCGCACGGAAAGACGGAUGUGGCGAAGACGGCACUGGAGAAGACGUUGCAGGCGGAGGUGGAGUGGCUGCGCUCGGAAAUGAUCACGAUCAUGGUGCGGAAGAUGAAGCAAUAG